AUGGUGUUGCUGGAAAAAAAUGGUGGUAUACUGCAAAUGUCACGUAUUGUCGGAAGACAGUUGAACCGGUCUAACUGUCCUGCGUCGGAUAUAUGCACGUAUUACAAAAUAAAUUUAUUCAUCCCAUUUCUAGAACAUACAAUUCAACAAUUGAUUGAGAGGUUUACAAAACACCGUAAAGUAGUAUUGGUACUGUCUGGUCUGUUAACUUCAAAUUUUGCGGCCAGUUCUGAAAUUGAAGAGACAAUUUGUAUGUAUUCGGCAGUGCUGCCUGAAAGAAAUACAUCUGUCGUCAAGGCAGAAUUAGAAGUGUGGAAAGCAACUAUGUCUAUUACCUCCAUUACUCCAAAAUCUGCUUUGGAAUGCUUAGAUAAGUGCAAUCAAGAACUUUAUCCAAAUAUUUACACAUUAUUACAAAUAUUGGCUACCAUACCUGUUUCCACUGCUACCCCAGAAAGGACUUUUUCAAGCCUAAGGAGACUUAAAACUACUUGCGGAACGGAGAAAACAGACUGA